GGCUAAGGAAAUUUUAACAAAAGAAUCAAAUGUACAAGAGGUUCGUUGUCCCGUUACAGUCUGCGGAGAUGUGCAUGGUCAAUUUCAUGAUCUUAUGGAACUCUUUAGAAUUGGUGGAAAAUCACCAGAUACAAACUAUUUAUUCAUGGGUGACUAUGUAGACAGAGGCUAUUAUUCAGUGGAAACUGUGACUCUUCUUGUAGCAUUAAAGGUGCGUUAUCCAGAACGCAUUACAAUAUUGAGAGGAAAUCAUGAAAGCCGACAAAUUACCCAAGUAUAUGGCUUUUAUGAUGAAUGUCUACGAAAGUAUGGGAAUGCCAAUGUUUGGAAAUAUUUUACAGAUCUCUUCGAUUAUCUUCCACUUACAGCUUUAGUAGAUGGACAGAUAUUUUGCCUCCAUGGUGGCCUCUCUCCAUCCAUAGACACACUGGAUCAUAUAAGAGCCCUGGAUCGUUUACAAGAAGUUCCACAUGAGGGCCCAAUGUGUGAUCUGUUAUGGUCAGAUCCAGAUGAUCGUGGUGGGUGGGGUAUUUCACCACGUGGUGCUGGUUACACAUUUGGACAAGACAUUUCUGAAACAUUUAACCACGCCAAUGGUCUCACACUGGUUUCUCGGGCUCACCAGCUUGUGAUGGAGGGAUACAAUUGGUGUCAUGAUCGGAAUGUGGUUACCAUUUUCAGUGCACCCAAUUACUGUUACCGUUGUGGGAACCAGGCAGCUAUCAUGGAAUUAGAUGACACGCUAAAAUAUUCCUUCCUUCAGUUUGACCCAGCACCGCGUCGUGGAGAGCCUCAUGUUACACGGCGUACCCCAGACUACUUCCUAUAAAUUCCUCCUGGGAAAACCUGCCUUUGUAUGUGGAAGUAUAGCUGGCUUUUUAAAAAUACAUAUAUUUAAAAACAAAAGAAGCAACAGUAAUCUAUGUGUUUCUGUAACAAAUUGGGAUCUGUCUUGGCAUUAAACCACAUCAUGGACCAAAAUGUGCCAUACUAAUGAUGAACAUUUAGCACAAUUUGAGACUGAAAUUCAGUACCCUAUGUUCUGGAUUGGUCAGUCUGACAGUUUGCCUGCUGUAUCUGUAGUAACCAUUUUCCUCUGGACUGUUGAAGCAAAAAAGGUAACUAACUGCUUCAUUUUUUUGCGCUUAUUUGGAAAUUUUAGUUAUAGUGUUUAAGGCAUGGAGUAAUAGAGUUGGAGUUUUAUUUUUAAGAAAAAUUCACAAGCUAACUUCCACUAAUCCAUUACCCUUUAUUUUAUUGAAAUGUAUAAUUAACAGAAGAAAAGAUUCUUCUUGGGAGUAUGUUGUCAUAACAUUUAAAGAGAUUUCCCCUUCAUUUAAACUAAAUGACUGUUUUAUGUUGAUCUGCAUACUUCUGUAUAUUUGUCAUGACAGUGCUUGCAUCCUAUUUGGUGUACUGAGCAAAUAAACUUUUCAUUUUAAACAAAAAA